UUCCCGACAACCUCACCUUCUUCCGUUGCAACACCACCGAUUCAGGCCAACCUCUGUGCCGCAUUCAACGCCGUCAACGCCGUCAACGCUGGCGUGUGCAAGGAGCUACCGGAGCAGUAUGAUUACUUUGCUGGUUCCUUCGACAAACGGGGCAACCUGCAGGCGCCUAGCUAUGCCGUCAUCGACAUCAACAUGCGUGGUACCCUGAACACCGUCAAUCUGGUCCUCAGCAACAUGCGCCGCGAUAAGACCAUGGCAGCAUUGUCAUCGCCUCCAGCGCUACCGCUUACGUGCCCGAACAAACCUUGCCCGUCCAAAGCUGCUCUAAUUGUAGGCCAGGUCCGCUCCCUGCGUGUCGUCCUGCGCCCGGAAGACAUCACUAUCAACGCCGUGGCCCGCGCCAUCGUUUACUCGGCAGCUGCAAAAGAAUCAGGACUCGUCGAGCCCUACACCAAGGAUACGGACGUGGACGUCAAGGGCGAGGGACACUGGGACGGACGCGUCAUCUUCACCCAGGGUGAGCGUUACACGGAGCUUGAAGAGUCUCUCGCCCAGUUGGAACCUCAGUGGCUUCGCAUCGAGAGCACCACCAUGACGAGGGCGCAGCAAGCCUUGACUGAUACUCGUGGCGAGGGACGGACUUUGUGA